AUGAGGCGGAAGGUUUUGGUGAGCUUUGUAGCUUUGUUCUGUAUAAGUGGUCUCAUUUGUACAUUUUCACCGUCGUUCGAGCUCUGGCUGGCAGCAAGAGUUCUCUGGGGGGCUUCAACUAUGGGGCUACGAUCCAUUAAGAUCGUUACAAGCUUGGAGAUGAUCGGUAGUUCGUGGAGAGCGAUCAUUUGUGUAGGAUUUAUCGAGGGAGGCUGGACAGCUGGAUAUCUUACGCUUCCUCUAGUAUCCUGGCUGAUUCCCAAUGGAUUCUAUCUUCAGCUAAUUGUUGCGUUAUCAAUUCUUCCUGGUCUACCAUUGAUAUACUGUUUACAGGAGUCACCUAGAUGGCUGCUUGCUACUGGCAAGACCUUUGAAUGUCAGCAAUCACUGAAAAACAUUUUAAAAUUCAACAGAAAAGAUACUGUUGUUCCCAACCUUGCUCCUAAACAUAUUGAGGAAAAGAGAGCAAAAGCAAACUUUUGGGAUCUAUUCAAGAAACCAAUGAUUAGGCGAAAUACAAUUGUUAUUAGUUUAGCCUGGUUUUCACUAGGUAUGCUAUAUUUCGGCUUGUCCCUUCAUAUGCCUGAGUUUGAUGCGAAUAUAUACUUAAUAUUCUUCCUGGCCGGUCUAGUAGAGAUACCAGCAGAUAUUCUUCCAUUCAUUCUUCUAAACAGGUUUGGAAGACGAUGGACCCUUGUAUUCCACUAUAUACUGGGGGGUAUACUCUGUAUGUCAACUGCUGCUGUACCGCUAGGCGUGUAUACCUAUGAAUGGCCUAUUGUUGUGCUAGCAAUGUGCGGAAAGUAUGUGUCCCAGGUUUGUUGGGGUAUUGUGUAUUUGUACACAACUGAACUGUUCCCAACUGUUGUACGCUCUGUUGGUCUGUCUUUUGCUUGCUCUAUGGCCAGACUUGGUUCUAUGCUUGCACCGUUUAUAGCUUCCUUGGCCUACGUUGAUCCUAUUCUUCCAAUCUUUAUCUUUGGAGUUGUUACAUUCGUAGUUGGUGUCCAGGCAAUCAUACUUCCUGAGACAAAUAAGAAAAAACUACCUGACACUCUGGAGGAGGGAGAGCUCUUCUAUGUCGCAAACAAUCCCUUUAAGAGAUAUUGUCAAUAGUCGAACAGUCCCUUUAAAAGAUAUUUUUAAAUAGAUAGAUACUCAGUACCACAAUAACGAUCAUCCCUCACAACACAUAAUCAUAGUUUUAUUUGUUAAAUAGUUCAUAUUAUAUAGAAAAUUAAAAACUGUGAACAAAUUUAUUUGAACUGAUGUAACUUUAAAG